AUGCGAGUCCCAACAGAAUCCAGCCUUCCGCUGUUAUCUACUCCUCUAUUUCAAUCAAAGGGAUAUGAGGCUGCGAGUUAUGAAACUCUGGAACGUUCUUAUUACCGAGCCAGAGAGAUAGGCAGACACCAUGGGCUCACGAUUAACGAUAUCCUCUCCCUCACCCCGAAGUUCUGGAAAUCCCAUAUGGAUGCAAUAAUCAUCCGGGAUAUCGUGGCUCAUAUUCUGUUUUCAAUCCAAUAUAAUUUGGUUGCUGGCACGAUCGCCCCUUAUGCCCUGAAGAGGCCGGACCUACGACCUGUGAUCGAGAAAAUUCUGAACUUUGAUGUCUCCGCUUGCUUUAUGCUCAAUGAGGUUGACCAUGGCUGUGAUGCAAAGAAUCUGGAAACCACUGCGACCUUGCAGUCCGAUGGCAGUUUUGUCCUCCACAGUCCUACUCCUGGAGCAGCAAAAUUUAUGCCACCAUCAAUGCCCAUAGCUGGUAUCCCUCGCAUCGCCGUCGUUUUCGCACGUCUCAUGAUUGGAGACGACGAUAGAGGGAUUCGUCCGUUCAUAGUCGGACUCGGGGAUGGGAAGGAGAUGUGCAAAGGGGUUACCCCUCCCAUCGCUUGCGGACGAACUCUCGACCACUCCAUCACUUCAUUCAACCAAGUCCGCCUCCCAUCAACGGCCAUGCUAGGCAGUCACCGAAAGCCGGACGACAUGCGAACUCAAUUUUUGAUGGCCAUCAACCGUCUAGGAUUUGGAACACUAGCUUUAAGCUUGUCCACAAUACCCGGCCUAAAGUGUGCCGUGCUCAUAGCGGGCAAGUACAGCCUCCGUCGAAUAGUUCAUGGCCCCGAAGGAUCUCCAAAGCCGAUCAUCUCCUUCCGUACUCAGCAGCUGCCCAUCUUGCAUGCCCUAGCGGAGAGUGCGGUUAUGGAACCGUUUGCAAACUGGAUCACAGCUAAAUUUAGUGAUACUUCACUUGACUUUUCUGUUAGACAUGGGCUAGCAGUUAUCUUCAAGGGAGCCGUUCUGCAAUACACCCAGAAGAGCUUUGCAAAUCUCGUUGAGCGAUGUGGUGCUCAGGGUGUGUUUAUCCACAAUCAGCUAGUGGAGAUGGAGGCUCUGAAUCGUUGUAAUGGCAUCGCAGAAGGUGAAAUUUUGGUCCUUUGCAUUCGCCUGGCCACUGAAAUCCUCCUCGGUCGAUACGAAAUCCCAAGUGCCAUCAAGCCGAAUUCGUUAAUUGCAAAGCACGAGGAAGGUUACAUUGCGGAACUGAAGAUGCUCCUGGGGAAUAUCGAAGAAGGACACCGAAGCGAGGCAUACAACAGUCGCAUGCUCCCUCACUGUCGGUCUCUGAUCCUGGCAAUAGGCCAUCGCAUGGCAUAUGAGGCAGCGGUGGAUAAGGGAGUUGAUCCCGACCUGCUCGCUCUGUACGAAGCCGGUGUGGUCAAGACUGACUCUAGUUGGUAUGUCGAGAAUCUGGGACUCAGUCGAGCAGAUCAAUUCGAAAUGGAGAGCAAGGCAGCCGAUGCUCUUGUACCGCAGGUGGGCGAGCUUUUGAAUGCACUGGGUACGAUGGAACCGUAUAUCACAGCCCCGAUACUUUCAGCGGAGAGAUGGGAGACGUUCGUUGCUGGCUGCGAGACUAUUGAGGGAGAUGCAUCCUUUGAUAUCAUCGACAGGGAAGAUAUGCGGGCCAAACUUUGA